UGAACUGAAAAUGUCCCCGGAGUUUGUCUCAGAAAUCUGGUCACCUUAUCGUAGUGUUAAGGUUGAUUGGCGUUUAUUACAUUCAUUCAAAUGUGUUUUCAGUGGAUUUGAUAUGUGGAAGUGAAUGUUGGUAAGGGGCUUAUGACAUCCUGUGUUAUUGCUAUGUUUUAUAAUUUCUCUGAGUGGGAAAUUAUUACUUUGGUUAACGUGCCCCUUUUUCGUUAGUUAAAGAACACACUGGUGAGUAGGAAUAAAUCCAAAUUGAAUAAUAAGUUCCACCUGUUACAUAGGCCACAGCUUUUGCUUACUCUACCCACCUCUGAUGGUUAGAAGGUGGCAAAGGUUAUGUGAGGAAGAGAGUUGGUGGACAAGAAAGAAGGUCUCUGGAAAUAGGGAGGAGGGGGGUAAAAAAUAACUAUUUAAAUGAUGGCCUUGUGCAACCUCAAGCAUACUGGCCCUGGUCAUGAGGAAAAGCCUGCAGAUUGAACAGUAACAGAUUCAAUUUUGUUGGCUUUAUUUCCAUAAUGUUGGCCGAAGUCUUAGGCAGCACAGUAUUCCCCAGUAGUUUAUAUAGUUGUUCACCAAAAUGCACUCUGAGAAUUGCUAGAUGUGCAGAUUCCCUGUGCUUGGCCAGAGGGAAACCAUUUGUCACACACAUUGGCCAUUUGUCACUCCCCCAGCAUUCAGAGGUGUCAUUACUGACUCCAGUCCUGCAUUCCUUUGGCUUUUGUGUGCCUCCGUUCCUCGCAAGAGUAAAAUGCGAUCUAGAGUGUCUGCACAUGACUUUGAAACACUAAUGUUAUAGUGAAAAGCAUAAUUUCAUUGAGUCACCUUUUGCUGUUAUUUGACCUUUUAGUCAGGGGUUUUCCUUAUUUGGUGGACUGCUCUGUAUUGGUCUAAGCAAUGCCUCUAGUUAUAUUCAUAACAUAACCUACGUGUGAUUCAAGCUUCUGAUCACCCAGUAAAACAGCAUAGUCAGCACCUUUAGCCAUAUAAUAUGUCUGUUGUUUAAUUGCUUUUGCUUUAUUCUUCCUCCCAGUAACGGAAGAUGGAUCCCAAUGUGUUUGUUUCUGAGCACAGCUCAUCUUAUGACCCUUUGAAUGAGUUAUCACUGUUGUUGAUGAGCUGCACAGGGACGCCACAACUCAAUGCAGGUGAUCUACAAAGAAAAACUAAAAAAGACAACCGAAGUGGCAGAGAAAAAUUUGGGCGUGACCAAGUUACAACAAAGACCCUUGAUAAGUCCAAACCAACAUGCCUUGCAAAAAAACCUGAUCCAUGUGGAAGUGUCUCCACUGAUUUGGGGCAACAGCAAACAAAAGAGUUCUUCUUUUAUCGUUGUCAAAAAUGUGAGAAGGGUUACAAUGAGAAGGAAGAAUAUAAAGAACACAUGAAUGAAAUGCAUCCUGUAGAGAAGAAGCAUCACUGCACAGAGUGUGGCAAAAGCUUCACUGUUGCCAGUCUACUUCUCGAGCACCAAAGAAUCCACACUGGUGAGAAGCCAUAUGAUUGCCAAGAGUGUGGAAAGUCAUUUUCUUCAAAAAGGUGGAUCCGGAUUCAUCAAAGAAUUCAUACUGGAGAGAAGCCAUACUACUGCAAAGAGUGUGGGAAGAGCUUCAGAGAACAACAAUAUUUGACAAUACACAAACGAAUACACAGUGGAGAGAAGCCAUACAAAUGUUCAUACUGUGAGAAAAGUUUUGCUCAGAAUUCUGCUCUUAAAGUGCAUGUGAGGCAGCACACUGGAGAGAAGCCAUAUAGUUGCAAAGUGUGUGGAAGGGGUUUUGUUCAAUCUACCAGCUGUCAACUACAUGAAAGGAACCAUACUGGACACAAACCCCAUUUAUGCAGAGAGUGUGGAAAUUCUUUUUCUACAAGCUGGAAUUUGCAAAAGCACAUGAGGGUUCACACUGGUGAGAAGCCCUACAUUUGCAAAGUAUGUGGAAAGUGUUUUGCUUCAUUUUCAAAUUGUCUAACACAUCAGAAGACACACACUUCACAGGAGUCAUGACAUUUCUCUUCCCGUCUACGACAUCGCCUUGUUUCCAGUUGGUUUGGGUAUAAUUGUGAUGACAUUGUGUGCACACUCUUUCCUGAAGGGCAACCAGAUCUAUCUGUAGAUACCCUUCUCUACUGCUAUUGAUUUUACUUCAUGUGUUUUGCUAUUGUCUUAUAUUUUGCUAAUGUGUAUUAUGUUUCCAUUGCUAUUCUCUAGCCAGAAAGCAUUCUCUUUUAGAUUACUUUUUUGUUCUCUCUGUUUCUCGCCUUUUGGUGGCCCACAUUUGCUUGAAUAUUGGUUUGUAUUUUAAUAAAAUGCCUCCAUCAUCUAUGGCA